AUGAAGAGCUUCUUCGUUUUCGUGAUGUUUAUCGUUUCCUUUCUGGCAAUCGGCGAGGCAAUGGAGACCGCAGGGUGCAGAAACAACAAGCUCGCCAUAGACCCAAACCAGAGAUUUUUGAGAACCACGACGACGACCGAAGAUGACACUGCCACUGAAGAGGAGAGAGGGAUUCAAACAAGGGUGUUCGAUAAGCUGGGUAGGGCAACGGGGAAUUUGCGUAUGCCUCAAAAGCUUAAGUUUUGGAUCUGGAAAAAAGGAAAAUGGGACUACAAUCGUCUCAAAGAGUACUUGUUUAAAGGAGUACCGAAAAGUGUCUACGAGAAGGACCCCAGGUUUGCAAAAAUUCUGCACAAGUACGGCUAUUACUGGCGUAAGAGCGCUAUGAAUGGUCACCAGGUUCGAAGCUAA